CUUGUCCUUUCUGUAUACAUAUAUUUAUAUAUAAAAAAAAGAAAGCCAUGGUAGACUGGCUCCCAAAGCGACGAGUACUUGUGUCGCUUAUGAGCAGGCACCAUCAGUGACCGGCUCCGUCGAUCAUCUCGACAACGGUAACAUUGUAGAUUCAGCCGACGAGCCCGAACAAGAAGACCUUGUUCAGGUAGACACAAAGCCCACCGAAGCCGAUCAAUGGGCACCCAAGACGUUUGAGCCUUUGGAGGGUUCAAUGAUGAAGAUUAUCAACGCCAACGUGCGCAAGGAGAAAAAGGACAAGAUCCUGCUGACCGCUGUCGUGAAUGCGGGCAUGGCCGACUAUACACUCAACUGGAUCGAGUCGCUGAAGCGCACGCACUUGGAGGACAAGUUCUUGGUGUUUGCCAUCGACACCGGGCUCUACGACAUCCUUGUUGACCACGGAUAUGCGGACCAUGUUGUCCAGAUCCCCGAAGACUGGUUCCACCAGAAACUGUCCAAGGACUUUGCCAAAUGGCUCGAUAAGUCUUACACCCCCAUCACACACGCCAAGUCACUGGUGGUCGAGCGUCUGUUGUAUGCCGACAUUACCGUUUGGUUCUCGGACGUCGACAUUGUCUUUACCUCACCUUCCAUCUACAGCUAUCUUGUCAUGAAACUCACCUCCCGCAAAUCGAUUACCGAGUUCUUGACGACCCAGGAAACGGAGCAAAAGAUUAUCAACUCUGGUUUCUACAUCAUGCGUCCCACAGAUACCAACAAGCGUAUCCUCAGUGACUCGAUCAUCAUCCAGGACAACGAGCCCAAGGUUACCCAGCAGCGUGCGAUGAACCGCGUCAUUGACGAAAUGAACCUGUCGUAUCAAACGAGCCCUAUCGCCCUUCUCGAUCUCGCCAUGUUUCCCCACGGACGAAUGUACUUUGAGCGCAAGAUCCCCACCAAGUACGGCAUGGAGCCCAUGAUAGUCCAUGCUAACUAUCGCGUAGGCGAAGAGAAGAAAAAGUCUCUGCAAGGAGCCGGACUGUGGUACCUUGACGAGUAGUUCCUCUCUCUCUCUCUCUCUCUCUUCAUUCUCAAAUUACACAAAAAAACAUUCUUCCUCCCUUUCUUUCUCGCUCUCACCACGAUAGAUCCUCCCUCCCCCCCCCCUUCUGCAUCACAUACACUCCAAGACAUGUCUCCUCUAUUCCCUUAGUCUCUUUGUUCCUUUACUUGUUGCAAAUAAAAUCUAAUUUAUUCUGUACACUAUACAUUAGAGUUAGAGUGUGAGU